CGGUGCUUGUUUUCUGCACUAGUUCAUCAUGCAGUGAACCGACGUUGUAACGAAGCUAUCGCGAAAUCUAAUUCCACAAUCCAAAACCCUAAUCCCCAUUUUAACAUCUUCAACCUUCUUGCGACGCGAUUCGUUGCGCCAUUUUUCCAGGGACGUGAAAAUUUGAAAAUGGGGUCACUUGGAACAUUUCACUGACCAACGGGAAGGUUCUGACUUAGGGGUGGCGAAGUAAUUGUUUUGGAGAUGAGGAGCAUCGAACGGUUGCCUGAGACUACUCACAGCUCGGUGCGGUCCGGGGUCGUGAUAUGUGAUUUGACGAGGAUUGUUGAGGAGUUAGUGUUUAACAGCCUUGAUGCAGGUGCUACUGAGGUUGCAGUGUCAGUAGGGGUUGGUAGCUCCUACCUCAAAGUGGUGGAUAAUGGAUCUGGAAUUACGCGGGAUGGACUACUGCUAUUAGGAGAACGAUAUGUAACAUCCAAAGUUGAUUACUUGGCUCUGGAUGCCAGUACUACUGAAAACCUUGACUAUCAUGGAGAAGCUCUGUGCUCGAUUUCUGAUGUUUCUCUGUUGGAGAUUGUGACAAAAGCAAGAGGGAAAUCAACUGGAUACAAAAAGAUACUGAAGAAAAGGAAGUGUGUGUUCAUUGGAAUCAAUAAUGACAGAGAAGAAGUGGGAACUACAGUCAUAUCUCAUGAUAUAUUUUACAAUCAGCCUGUUCGAAGAAAACACAUGCAAUCCAGCCCCAAGAAGGUGCUGGAUUCGAUCAAAAUGAGUGUGCUUAGAACUGCCCUUGUUCAUGUUAAUGUGUUCUUCAGAGUUGUUGAUGUGGAAAGCUUAGAUGAGCUGCUUUGUGUUGGACCUUCAGCUUCCCCGUUACCAAUACUUUCUACAUAUUUUGGCAUUGAGAGUUCAGCUAGUUUCCACAAACUGGUUCUAUCUGAUAGAGAAUUGAAUCUUUCUGGGUAUAUUUCUGAGCCUCAUGGAAUCUUUUCUCCGAAGGCAAUCCAGUAUGUCUACAUCAAUUCAAGACUUGUUUACAAGGGACCCAUUCAUAAGCUAGUGAAUCAGUUGGCUGCUAAAUUUGAUUUGUCCAGCCCCUGGCAGCUUACCACCAGUUCUCAAAGGAUGAAGCAGAAUAAGUACGACAAAUGGCCAGCCUUUAUUUUGAAUCUACAAUGCCCAACAUCUUAUUAUGAUAUUAUUGGUUCUGAGCGAUUGAGGACCUCAGUUGAAUUUAAGGACUGGGCACCCGUCCUUACUUUCAUAGAGGAUGGUGUGAUGCGUCUUUGGACCAAAAAUACUUCUCAUGAUAUGUUAGGUAAUCCUGAAAGUGGAAAAAGAAGGUGCCAGACACAGACCAGCGUAGUUCCUCUAGAUGUUUGCUCCUCUGACUGGGAUAAGCCAUACGAAAACCACGAUAACUCACUGGCUUUAGAAGAGACCACAUAUGAAUCUGGAAAGUCUUGCAGAGAAGUUCUUGAGUUUGAAAAUUUUGAGGCAGAGGCAGAUUUACUACCUGAAAAUGACUACAUAAGCCAAGCAUGUGAUGGAUCUAUGGUCGGUGAGAAAGGAUUUAGGGGAAAAGAGACAUGUGAUGGAUCUAUGGUUGGUGAGAAAGGAUUUAGGGGAAAAGAGACUAUAAACCAAAUUUCUCCUUGGUGCGUUUCCUCACCAUUACAUGUGGCAAAAACAUAUGGUCGAAAGAAGGAUGACCUAUCUUCAGCUUUAGGGUACGCCUUACCUGCAACCAAUGAGAAUGUGGACAGCAGGUCAAUAGCGGGUGGGGCUUCUAUUGAUUGUCAUUAUUUUGGUGAUAAUAGACAUAUUGAUGAGGAAUGUGGCAUAUCAUUUCUUAGAAGUUGCUCCUUUGACAAAAGCUUGAUGAAAGAGAGAAGAUCACCUUCAAAGGAUGCGAGAUUUGAAUUUGGACGAGAUGGCAGAGCUAAAAGAAGGCGGAUUGAUUGUUGUGAUAUCGUGGAAGAUGAUAUCAAUUCAGUGAUGUUAGGAGGUGAUGUUGAGUGCAGUGCUCUCCAACCAUUUCAGUUUUCUCCAGUGACCAGACAUGAUAUCGAUGGAAUGUUGGAGUCUCCUGUAAGGGAUUCAGUGAAGUCAUCUUUCCUGGGGAAUAAUCUACCUGACUCUGAGCAAUUUUGGGAAUCCACUUCUAGUUUGCAUUCAUUCAGAUCUGGAUGGUCUCCUCGAACUAGAAUGGAAACUGAGAUCAAGUUUCUUGACUAUAGGACUUAUCCAAUUGAGAAAAUUUCAGUUGAAGGUCACCCUGGAUUAGGCAAAGAUAUUUUACACAGAUGUCCUAUUCAAGGAGAAAUUCUUGGAGAUACAAAAUAUAAUAGGCUGCAGCAGGAUUGCUCCUUCACGAACCAUUCCCCUGAUGAGGAAAUUGGUGAAACUCUGUUGGAUUUUGAGAAUUUGUUCUCUUUAAAGCCUUUCAAGAGAUUAACAGAUGCAUACUGGUCACUGUCACCCGUUCACUGUGAAGAAAGUCCCAAGAAUUUUACAGGGGCACCAUCAGAUGACACUUCUCCAGAUGAGCGUGAACAUGGAAUGCACAAUUGUAGGAAUCAGGGGACACUGCUCAACAAAAAAAUGUGCUUCUCUAAAAGCCAUCCAGCUCCACCAUAUUACUCGACCAAGAGAGGAUUUCUGGAUUUGACUGACACCAUGUCCUUGUCUGUAAUAAAAUCACCUGAGAGCAUCUUUGGCGGAUAUUCCUCCAUAGCGGCUGGUGACUUUAGCAAUGAACAACUUCGUGUAGAAGACAUGGGCUUUAAAUGUUCAGAUAAACCUGAUGGUCAAUUCUACUUGUCGCCAAGGGGAAAGCAAGUCAUGGAUUGCACAGCUUCUAAAAGAUCAGUGCUUGAAAUAAAACCUGAAAGCACAGCAGUUCAGAAAAAAGGAAAAAAAGAAGAGGAAUUUACCAACAUUGAGCCUGUUGAGUGUCUGGGUUCGAAAGAAAUUGAGGAUUCUUUAGACUCCAGGUGGAAAUGGAGAAAUUGUAGUUUGGCCACUGCAGGUAAUAGCAGCUCAGACAUUAAAAGAAAUCAGGACGGGAUCCUUAACAUCUCUGAUUCCUUGCAACUUGAUGGCGCCUCCUUGGUUCCUAAAUCAGUUGAGAGGGCUUGCCUUGAGAAUGCUAAAGUUCUCGAUCAGGUGGAUAAGAAAUUCAUUGCAAUUGUGGCUGGAAAAACCCUUGCUAUAAUUGAUCAGCAUGCUGCUGAUGAAAGAAUUAAACUGGAGGAACUACGAAGUAAGGUAUUAUCGGGAGAAAUGAAAACUAUCAAGUAUCUGGAUUCUGAGCAUGAACUGGUCUUGCCUGAAAUUGGUUAUCAAUUACUUCACAAUUAUGCAGAACAAAUUCAAACUUGGGGUUGGAUUUGCAAUAUACAUUCUCAGGACUCAAAUUCCUUUACAAAACAUUUAGAUUCUCUACACAGGCAGCCAACAGUAAUCAAACUUCUUGCGGUACCUUGCAUUUUGGGUGUGGUUUUAAAUGAUAUUGAUCUCCUAGAGUUCCUUCAACAGCUUGCCGACACAGAUGGGUCCUCAACCAUACCACCAUCCGUUCACCGUGUCCUAAACAGCAAAGCAUGCAGGGGGGCGAUUAUGUUUGGAGAUACAUUGCUGCCUUCAGAAUGUUCCCUCAUUGUCGACGAGCUGAAACAGACUUCACUUUGUUUCCAGUGUGCUCAUGGCCGACCAACAACCGUCCCUCUUGUCAAUCUCGAAAUCUUGCAUAACAAAGUUGCGAGGCUUGGUUUAGACGCGUCCUGCUGGCAUGGCUUACGGCAACAUAAACUAAGUUUAAAGCGUACGUCUCAGCGGCUAAGAUCUGCUGUAUCCUAAACCGCCCGCUUAUGUGUUGAUAAAAUGAGGUUUACAAAAUUUGUUGAAGAACCAUCCGCAAUAUCCAUGUUGUAAUUGAUUGUAUAUUAGACAAAUUCAAAACGGUGAAAAGAGAGAGGUGUUUCCAAUUUGUGUGUAUACUUGGUCACAUUGUAAAGGAUAAUUGGUACUCUUAUGUUCCUUUAGAACAAAAAAUAUCUCUUUUACCAAAAAGCCAGACUUA